CCUUUCCCUAAGGCCCCAUUCCGGAAGCGCCGCUGCAACAACCGCUCGUAGCUGUCUCAGUCGUGAUGGCUUCAAGGUUACUGCGGGGCGCCGGGGCACUGGCGGUCCAGGCCUUGAGGGCCUGUGGCCCGGCUCGGGCUGCCGCUCGCUCCAUGGCGAGCGGAGGAGGUAUCCCUUCUGAUGAAGAGCAGGCUACUGGUUUGGAGAGAGAGAUUAUGAUGGCUGCAAGGAAUGAUUUGGAUCCCUACAAUUUGUUAGCCCCAAAGGCAGCUCCAGGGACUAAGGAGGAGCCAAACCUGGUCCCUUCCAUCACUGACAAGCGAAUAGUGGGCUGUAUCUGUGAAGAGGACAACAGUGCAGUCAUCUGGUUCUGGCUUCACAAAGGCGAGACACAGCGUUGCCCUAACUGUGGAACCCAUUACAAGCUGGUACCCCACCAGUUGAGCCACUGAGCCCCUGAAUUGGUUUACCUGAGAUACGGUGUAAUGUUUUCUUCCCUCCAAUAAAAGAUUAACCAUU